GAUGACAUGCAUGGUGGUCGUCCUGUUUCAAUUUGUAGGCAGGAGGGAUGCGAUUGAAUUAGCGGGGAAGCAGAACAUUGAAGUUCCUCGGAAUCUGCUGGAGCAGAUGAAUCAGGAGCUCGCAACGGACACCAAGACUAUUCUUAACCUGAACCAGCAUGUAUCGCAGUUGCAGUCUGUGGUCUCGAGGUUGAAAAGCAAGCGAGGCGAACUUCGCCAGGUCCACUCGCAGAGGCAACAUAGCAUGUUGGAUACAGCCAGCAACGCAUCUCCGGGAGAAGACGAGAUGAUGCAGCGAGCCCGACAGAAUGCCAUGGACAAUCGGGAAGUUGCCUUCCUAUCAGCGAGGCAUCGCUUGCUUGAAAAGCAGUCGGAUUUCGUCAGAGACUUUCCUUACUGGGCGGUCAACUCUGCGCUGGCAGAUGCGUCAAAAGGGCAUGGACAAGAGGGUGAAUGGAGAGCGGACAGAGGUCCUCCAUAUGUCAUGGCUACCACUCUCUACAGUGGGGUUGGGGUGAAUCGCAAGGGAAGUGCUGACAUGGUUCGAAAAAUCUUGGGCAUCAAGACUUCGUUCCGAUUCCACAAGUGGGAAGGAGACAGUUUCCUCACAGACUUUGACGGACCGCAGUUUCGCUACUUGUACCGGAAUGUGCACUCCACUCUUGUGAUUCCACCGCUGGAACGAUCUGGUGGACCCAUCUUGGGAUGGAAUGCUGUCCAUAGGCUGUAUCUGUACGUCAAUGAAGGGUCGAACACUCUCAUUGUUCUCGGGGGGCCAUCAUCGGUCAUCUUCAUCAACAACAACGUGAUCAACACGGAUGGGGGGUAUGAUUUACAGUCAAAAUGGGCCCCGGGUCCAUACGAACGGCAGAAGGAGGCAAGAGAUACACCGCUUGCCGCAUGCGCCACCACACUGCCAGGGCCUGGGACAUCGGUUCAUGGAGUAGCCAUAUCCUCUCUACCUGCGGAGGCUGUAUCAUAUUACGAGUCUGGAGAUGUUUCAGUCAUGUUCUCGAUCCCUUCUGGUUCUGGAAGAGUCCUGUAUCUUGGAUACAACUUUGCAGAGCCCUUGACGCCCUGGGUCCAUGCCCUCAUCGCCGCCACUCAAUUUCCAGACUACAAGAAAAAAUGACCCUUCCCAUUGCUUGCCUACUGUCUUUUAUUACAAUUCCCUCUCCAAGUUGAAAAAUACAUGAAUGUUGGUUAAAGC